GAUCAAGCCAGUUUCGGGAAAAGAAUCGUCGUCGUCGGAGAAAAAAAAAAAAAAAAAAGAAGCUGAAGCUAUGGAUCCGCAGCUCACAGAAGUUUCGCAGCAGUUCGAGAGAUUCAAGGCGGCGUUUGUGAGGAAGGAUUACAAUAGCUGUAGUGAUCUGUUGUCUCAGCUUAAGGUUCUUCUGACUAAAUUCAGAAGUCUUCCUCCAUUGUUCGAGAAUACACCAUAUGCAGCUCAGGAGCUGACUAUUGCAAGGGACAUUUAUGAGCAUGCUGUUGUUCUAAGCGUGAAGACUGAGGAUCAAGAUGCUUUUGAGAGAGACUUCUUCCAGCUGAAACCGUACUAUGUGGAUGCCAGGAAUCGUCUUCCAGCAUCGCCACAGGAGAAUCUAAUCCUGGGUCUGAACCUUCUGAGGCUGCUUGUGCAGAACAGGAUUGCUGAAUUUCACACCGAGCUCGAAUUACUCUCGUCAGCUACACUGGAGAAUCCUUGCAUCAAGCACGCGGUAGAGCUUGAGCAGUCGUUCAUGGAAGGUGCAUAUAACCGUGUGUUGAGUGCUAGACAGACCGCUCCUGAUGCAACUUACGUCUAUUUCAUGGAUCUUUUGGCAAAGACCAUAAGGUAA